AUGGAUAGAGUGUACUGUUUUUCCAUGCAAAACGAAAGUCGCGAAACGUCAGCAGCACAAAAGUACUUACGAGUUACGAAAAAAAUCACCAAGCAUGCAAAAGGUAAUGCACACGUAACUGCCACCAACAUUCUCAAAGAACGACAAAAGAGAAAGAUCCAGAGCUCAACGGCUUGUCUGUUGCACAACAUCAAUCAGCUACUGAAAAAUGCCUCAUGCAGUACUGCCUAUUAUGUUGCUAAAGAAAACAGGCCAUACUCAGACUAUGAGAAUCUGGUAAAGCUUCAGCAGAAAAAUGGAAUAAGUCUCGGGGUAACUCUACACUCAAGGUGGUUAUGUACAGAAAUGAUUGACAUAAUUGCCACAACAAUGCGAAAAAAAAAACUUAUCAAGGAAAUUACCAAAAAUAACAAAAAGAUCGCCAUUAUAAUUGACGAAGCUACCUCAAAUGCAAAGGAUUCUUGCCUGUGGUUGUGUAUGUGAGGUCGAUCAUAAACGGUUUGGCUGUUGACAUUUUUCUAAGUAUCAUUGAACUAGGGGGUCAAGACGCAAAUUCAAUUUAUGAAUCACUUUUAGAUUCGCAGAAAAGUAACGGAAUUAAGGACAAAUACUUGGCCAAAAAUUUUAUUGCAUUUACCAGUGGCGCAUCAAUAAUGACGGGGGCAAUCAAGGGGGUCGCGACGUUACUUAAGUCGAAGUAUCCGCAAAUUGUUUUGUGGCAUUAUCUCAAUCACAGAUUAGAAUUAGCGGUAUCAGAUACAAUAACAGCUGUUGAUGGUGCCCAACAUAUUGAAGAUUUCUUUC